AUGAACUUCAAGUGCCAAAAUUGCGGAUCAGAUGUAUCUGAUACUUUUCAAUUCUGUCCAAACUGUGGAAAUAUGUUGACCGAGAUGGAUAUUAUCGCACAUUACUUUAUGAGAGGUUUCGAGUACUCGGCUAUCUUGUCAUUUUUAAGGAAGUUCCAUAAUAUUGAAAUGUCUCUACGAACAUUGAAAAGCAGGUUGCAAAGCAUGGGUUUAAAAAGGCGAAAUGUUGAUGCUGACGAGGAAGAAGUUACCGCGGCAAUACGAGAGGAACUGAAUGGCCCAGGUUGCUUACGUGGUUAUCGAUUCGCUUCGUUUGAAAUAUGA